UACGGUCUCUCGCCUCAAACUCAAUUGCUCUCUUACCUCUCUUUACCCCAAAGACGGCCAAAACGAAAAAAAAAUGUCGACUGAUAUUUCACCGAACUCUCAAACUCACGUGGAGCCCGUUAAUGGUUAUCCUUCAGACAACAACAAGAGAUGCGACGAUUCCUCUGCUCCUGCCAAAUACGAUGAUCUUGUCCGUAACUCUGCUCUCUUCUGGGAAAAGCUCCGAGCUUUGCUCGGUUUUACCAGCAAGACUUUGAAGGUUCCUACUGUGGGAGGAAACACUCUUGAUCUGCAUCGGCUUUUCAUCGAGGUGACAUCUCGAGGUGGCAUCGAAAGGGUGAUUAAGGAUAGGAAAUGGAAAGAAGUGAUUGGUGCAUUCAGUUUUCCUACGACGAUAACAAGUGCAUCGUUUGUCUUGAGGAAGUAUUAUCUCAAGUUUCUCUUUCAGCUGGAACAUGUGUAUUACCUUGGAAAACCAGUCUCUUCAAUCCAAUCAACAGAUGAAGCAAUGAAGAACCUUGCCAGUGACUCUCCAAACCCUGAGGAAGGUAUUGAUGAACCACAAGUUGGGUAUGAGAUUUAUGGAUGCAUUGACGGGAAGUUUGAUAACGGCUAUCUGGUGACGUUUAAAAUUGGUACCCAAGAGCUGAAAGGUGUGCUUUACCACAUGCCUCAAACGCCAAGGCAGCCCCAACAAAUCAUGGAAACACCUUCAGCCAUUGUACCAUCAUCACAACGCCGGCACAGGAAGAAAGCAAAGUUGGCUGUAGUCGACUCUCAGAAGCCCAAGUGCCACAGGAGUGGCUACAACUUCUUCUUUGCUGAGCAGUACGCUAGGCUGAAACCUGAGUACCAAGGACAAGAACGAACCAUCACCAAGAAAAUAGGACACAUGUGGAGCAAUCUCACUGAAUCUGAGAAACAGGUUUAUCAAGACAAAGGAGUGAAGGAUGUGGAGAGGUACAGAAGCGAGAUGUUGGAAUACAAAUCUGCACAUGACUCAGGAGCUGCUGCUGCUUUUACAGUGGCUCAGUAGUGUCUCUCCCUUUUGUUGUCACCUGUGUUUGUUGUUGUAACAUUAUCUCUUUUUCGUCAGAGAACUUGUUUAAUUUUACCUUGAAUGUUAUGUUUUUGAUCAUCUGCAGAAUUUGCCAUGUCUAUGGUUAUAGGGUUUAGUGAAGAGGUUACUAACUGCAGACUUGUGUCUUUCUGUAGUUGUUAUAGUAAGGGCCAUUUUGUAGUGUUACCGGCAUAGCCAUAUAUAUCCAGGGAGACCAAGUUCUAUGUU